AUGCUGUUCUUAUUUGCUUUGCUAACUUUAGUAUUAAGCUCACCAAUCUCAAAUGAUCAAGACGUCAAUACCCCCAUUGUUCAAAUACAAAAUGGUACAAUAAGUGGUAAAUAUAUCACCAGUUUCAAUCAAGAUGCAUUUUUAGGUCUCCCAUUUGCAGAACCUCCCUUAGGUUCACUUAGAUUCAAACCACCUCAGUCAUAUAAUCAUUCAUGGGAUUCCACUAGAAAUUUUACUGAAUUUGGUGAUGCUUGUAUUGCAUCAAGUGGGAUUUAUACAUUCCCCAAGUCUGAAGAUUGUUUAAAUUUGAAUAUUGUUAGACCUCAUGGUUUAGGGAAAGAUGCUAAAUUACCUGUGGGGAUUUGGAUUCAUGGUGGUUCAUUUACUGAAGGAUCUGGAAGAUCACCAGAAUUUAAUUUAUCAUGGGUUAUACAAAAUUCUAUUGAUAUUGGGAAACCAAUAAUUGGUAUCACAAUAAAUUAUAGAUUAAAUGGAUUUGGUUUUUUAAAAAGUGAUGAAAUUCAAAGGAAAGGUUGGACAAAUAUUGGUUUAAGAGAUCAAAUUAAAGCUAUUGAAUGGAUUCAUGAAAAUAUUGCUGAAUUUGGUGGUGAUCCAAAUCAUUUAGUUUUAUGGGGUGAAUCUGCAGGUUCUGUAUCUAUAGGGAAAAUUCUAAGUCAAUCGAAAUAUCUUGAUACAAAUUAUAUCAAAGGUGCAAUAAUGCAAAGUGGUUCAAAUAUUGUUCCUUUAGUUAAACCUGCUGAUAUAAAACCUAGUCAAGAUGAUUUUUUAUCUGUGGUGAAAUAUGUUGAUUGUUUUAAUAAUGUUAGUGAUUAUAUUGAAUGUUUACAAAAAGUUGAUUCUGAUAAGCUUAGGGAUGCUUUUAAAUUAGCAAAUAAAAUUGUUAAAGUUGGUUAUAAAUAUCCUUAUUUGGAUGGUGAUGUAUUACCAAAAUCAAGUUAUGAAACUUUGAGAAACAAUGAUGAUGAUUUCAUGAAAAUUCCUAUACUUUUAGGUACAACAACUGAUGAAGGUUCAACAUUUAUAAAUCAAUCAUUAUCAACAAAACAACAAGUUAAAUCAUAUUUAUUAAACAAUUCACCAAAUAUUAAUAAUGAAACAAUUGAUCAAUUAUUAAAUUUAUAUUCUCCUGAUAAUCCAGAAACUAUAGUCCCACAAGAUCCAACUUAUAAUAAUACACCAAUUGUUUACCCUGAGGGUAUAACAGGAGAUGAAUAUAAAACUUUAGGUAUGCUUUAUGGUGAUUUAAUUUUCAUAGCAGGUACAAGAAUAACAUCAAGAAUUUAUUCUCAACACCAAAUACCAGUUUUUAAAUAUCGUUUCAAUAUUCCAUCUCAUAAAACUUUUUCAAAACCAUAUGUUGGUGUUACUCAUGCUCAAGAUUUAGUUUAUGUAUUUGAUAAUAGAUUAACCAACAAUGAAUCUGAAGAAGAUAACCUAACAAGUUUUUAUCCAGAUCCAAGAGCUCCAGAUAUUGCAAAUACUAUAUCAAAAGCAUGGAUUUCAUUUAUUUAUAAUCUUGAUCCAAAUAUUCAAGAUAGUAAUAAAUUGAAAGCUGAAUUACCAAAUUGGACAAGGUAUGGAGAUACAAAACCUGGUAAGAAUAUGGUUUUUGAUUUAAAGGGGAAUCAUUUAGAAGAUGAUGUUUUCAGAGUGGAGCAGAUUGAAUUUAUUGAAAGUAUUUUAAGUCAAUUGAAUGCAUAA